AAGUAAAGAAAAUCGAAUAAAUACUGAAUGAGUUGUUAGAAAUAAUCAGUGUUAACUAAAUCGUCUUUAGUGAAGAACGUGAAUAUACCAGCAAUUCAUCCAGUAUUAAUAUGAAGUCUGUAUUCGUUUGUGCCUUAAUAUUGGCAUUGGCCCAACAUGCCAUUGCUGUUUGUGAUAGCGAUGUAAUCUACAAUUCAACUCUCAUAACCCCCUGCCUUGGCAAUGAUGUUGCGGUACUGUGGCCGGAUUAUUCAGAUUUUACAAAAUACUACAAAUGUGUUGAUUUUGGAAAACCUGUUCUCUUUAACUGCCCAACAAAUACAUAUUUCACUUAUUACUUCCAACAAUGUACAUAUUGCAAAGAUUUUCUUGAUGCUCCUUCAUGUGAAACUUUAGCAAAAACUACAGACGUUACCUGUGUACCAAACCCAACCCCAGCUCCAACCCCGGCUCCUACCCCAGCUCCAACCACUAAGACAACCCCAACUAAGCCAACGCCAGCUUCAACCCCAGCUCCAACCACCCCAACUAAGCCAACGGAAGUUACAACCCCUAAUGUAACUACCAAAACUACCAAAACUCCUGUAACAAAACCUCCCACAGUUACCCAACCAACCGUUCCCGGACCACCAACUGGAAGUCCCUCAUCUGGAGUGCCCACACCCCCCGUAGUUGCGACAGCUAAUCCUAAUGUUCCUACACCACCCGGUCAAGGUGUAACCCCUCCAGUCAUGGGCACUCCUCCAACGCUUACCCCAAAGCCCACAGUUGUAUAAAACGUUUCAUUUCAAAUACGACUUUUAUAUUACAUGCAUAUGCAAAACAAACAUACAAAAUAUUAACUUAUAUUGAACGCAACAUUGAAAUGUCCACAUAUUGAGAAUUUCUAGAAAAAUAAACACUAACAUGCAAUUGCUAUAAAAAAU